AUGAAAGCCCCCGCUAUACACAAGACUUCUCUCUCCUCAAUCCGCCCAUGUACUUCCGCUGGCUCUAGGAAUUUCAGCAAUCUCUGAAACUGCCCUGGUUAAGUUCAUGUCAAUGUCAGAGAGACAGGAAAAAAAUCACCAACUUGGAAGGUUAUUUAGGACAAUUGUCUGUCCCAGCCUUACUCCUCCCACUCCAGCCAGGCUUGACCUAAUACUAACAUAUGAAUGUGAGACAACAGCCAAGGGCUGUUCCCAGGGGGCUCUUCUAGGAAUCCAAGGGACAAACACCAGGCAGAGAACCCACCCCAGCCCUCCCCACUGGCAGAGGAAAGGGGACACUGGGUCUCGUGGCUACAUCACCCCGCCCCAGGCAGUAAAGGCUCCAUUGGGGUCCGCACAAACCCGUCCAACUAUUCUUGGAUCAACUCACAUCCCUGGAUCACAUCUGGCUGUUCCCCCCUUUCUUGCCUUGUGCGAGGGCGGCACCCCAGCCCCCAUCCACCAGAGCUUCCAGGGAAGGGCUGAACAAGCACACAAACCCACCCACCUGGGCUGGGUCUUGAAGACCCAGGCUGGUGCGCUGCACCCCAGCUCCUCCGCAAGCUUCAGCACAGAUGUUUUCGGCCUGCUCUCCUUCCCUCCAGACAAUCUGAUCGGUGAGGCACGACCCAGGGCAGUACCGCAAGGUCUCCCUAAGUCACCUCUGCGGCCCGCCCCUGGUCCGGCAGCUGCGCCCGCCUUCCCAGCAGCGGUUGAGGUCGAACAGAGGCUCAGCCGGUGGCCCAGUUCUCCGCUGCUUGACCACAGAGGUCGGCGCUGCCCCUCGCCCUGGCCGCUGGGCUCGGCCUCAGACCCGCCCUCCAGGGCUCACCCGCCCGCAGAGUCCCAGCCGGUAGAGCUGAGCCGGCGAGCCGGCGGGCUGUGUGGCCUGCAGCCUACAGCAGGCGGUUCCCUUCCUUGUGGUCACAGUCCCUCCUCCUCUUCCCUGGUGUGUCGACUCCGGGAAGCUCAGGUAGGGACCGCUGCCGCGGAGAGCCUGCCCACAGCCUCUAAGCCGCUGAGAUUCUCCAAGGAGAGAAGUAAGGGAUCCUGGCUCAUAGCGUGAGCGGCGCACACAGGCUCCUGCAAGGUCCUAGAGUGGCCUUGUGCUCAAGCCCUCUCCUUGACAACUUUUAAACGGCCAGCACUCUGCUGCUGAGGAAACUCACUAAGGCGAAAGGCAUGCUCUUUGCAGUCUUGGCUGCUGCAGAAGGGCUCACUAUCCCUAAAGCAGAGCGAGUCUACAUUACUUACUUACACCCCAGUGGGUAUGAGCUGAAGCUGAGCAGAGUCAAACAUUCUGCUCUGCUAACCACUUAAGAGAGAUGGCUUCUCAUUCUGAGCAGCCUUGAAGGAUAGACAAGGACUGCAGGGGCCGACUUUCCCCCACACAAAUACACACUUCGGCCAUGCUAAUGAGACUUCUGGGUAACUGAGGCUCUGGUGGAGAAACAAAAGGAAACUAACUUGUAAAAUGUACACACCUGUUCUCUACCCAGACGAGCAGUUUACCCAGCAGGGCUGCGAUCCACAAAACUGGUGUUUAUUUAACAAGUCCCAGAGAACCUCGUGUUCCUUUAGAUCGGUGGCCAGCUAUUUGUAGGCGCACACAGCUCAGUCAGAAAACUUGGAAUCCAUGUCUGGAAAGUUUCACAGUGUCUUUGAAAAUUAUAGAUUAAUAACUGAGAACACUUGGCCAUGAAGAGGAGGCCCUGGCUACAAAAUUUCCCCUUCAAGCCCAGAGAUCUAGAAAAAGAAUUCAGCUUACAGAAGGUCCUCACAGCAGGGAUAAACAACAAAGGAACUUUGUUUUAGAAGGCAGUUUACAAGGACACUAGAAUGGGGGAGGGGCACUGCACUGAUCUCUUCACGUGACCCUGCUCAUUUGUAUCUCGGAUUCCAGAGUUGGAAGUGGAACUCCUAAACAGUCAUUGUUCAUCCAUUCAGACCUCUAUUAACCAUCUACAACAUGCCAAGCCUUAUGCUACAGACACACUGAAGAGCCUCGCCUUUAAAGAGCUCUGGCGUGCUGUAAGCAAUGAUACAAUGUGGUAACCAGGAGGGGAGGAGCACCUAACCUAGUUUUGAAGGGUGGAACCUGGGAUUAGGACACUGCACUCGUCCUUAGGGCUAUCCUGGGAACAUUACCAGAGCAGCCAGGGAGAAUGUGUUGGUAUGGAGAAGGGGACUGGAAGGAAAUGAUGUCAGACUGAGAGAAUUUAGUCAAAAGGGGUGAGGAGAAGGGUCAACCAGAAAUAAUUGCCAUGGUCUCAACUACAGUGAUAACUCUAUGAAUUGGAGAAUUCAAUUUUAGACAAAAUUGUUUUUGAAUUACCUCUUACAGAAAUAUACAAAGUAUUACAAAAAAAAAAGCAGCUGGCAUAUGGACUCAGAGCUCAGGAAAUGACUAAGGUCAAUAUAUAAAUAAUUGUGUAUUUCUAAAGAAAGGAGUGGGUACUACCAGUCCAGGAAGAAUGCUACAGGAAGACCACCCACAUAACUACUAAUAUAUAAGGCACGGACAGUAGGAGAAGCAACACUUCUGAAGGUGAAUAAGCAGGGACAGAGCAGCCACAGAGGACAGACGAGAAGCACCAUGAGCGGCCCAGCACACACACACACACACACACACACAGAGGUGAGGGCCCAGGACAGACUGAGAAUGUGCAGCUAGAAUGGGUGUGUGAAGGAGCUACAUUCGCCAUUAGCGAACUCGAGCCGAGGGACACAAAAUGACUGAAGCACUACUGGAAAGCACAGGAAGUUAAAUGGACACCAGAGGUUAUUCCUUGGAAGAGUGGCGAGCCCACACAAUCACAAUUUCUCUUCGACAGUAUCAGUGUUCUAUGCAGAGAAGCAGCACACAUUGUAACCUUCCAGAUGGUCCAGCGUAUCUGCAUCUUUCCAUUACACCACCAUCACCUAGCCACACAUCUGGGUCACCUCUCCUCAGCUGCAGGAGGCUUAACACCAAGUGUGAUGUUUAUAAGUGAGCGUCUAGCAACUUCAAACAGGCAGGUUCCCAACUUCAAAAGACUGGUUUGACUAAGCACUCAGGGAGCCAAGGACAAUGCCAAUGGUGGCUCCGCGUAUCGAUGUGAUGCUUCCAGAACAUACUCUGUGAGAAAAACAGAAGUAUAUAAUCUAUGAAACAAAUGUCUAGCUUUUUGAGGGUCUCAGACUAGGUUAAGGAAAAACAAAACAAAGCAAACGGCAUUACUAUCUCCAUGUGUUCCUGGAGCUUUCUUUCCCUUCUAAAGAUAAACAAAAGUAUUCAGGCAAUACCUCAGUCCGUUAAGGGCUUGCCUUACAUGCAAGAGAACCUGACUUUGACCCCCAGAACCCAAACAAAAAAAGCUGGGCAACACUGCUCACACUUGUAAUGGCACUUGAGGUGAAUCGCUGGGGCUUGCCAGCCAGCCUAGACUACUUGGUGAAUUCCAGGCCAGUGACAGCCCUGUUCAAAAAACAAAGUGGGUGAUGUCAGAGGAACAAUAGCCUAAGUUCUCAGGCCUCCACAUGCCCCUCCACCACCACCACCACCACACGCACACACGCACACACGCACACACAUGGAAAUUUCCAGCUUAGUUUGGGACACUACAGUUUUCUCAAUGAGUUAGUUGCUCUUUCUUUUAAGAAUUUAAAAUCUUCUCACAAUCUACUUCAUUUAUGCACAGUUUAUAAUGAAAGCUCCAGCUAUUUAGGCCAUAGGAGAGCAUGUCCCCAAAAGUAAAAACACCCACAAAUCACAGAGCCGGAAGGCACGAGGCUCACUCACAAAAGCCCAGGAGCACUGAAACUGUCUUAGCUUCCAUUUCGAGCCAGCAUACUCUAUCACGGAUGUGACUGGACCGAGUGUGAUACUCUAGUUUCCUUGUAAAUAAACCAUAAUCAGACCACAUAAAUCAGAAGAAGUACUCCACUGCUACACGCAAGCACAUAGCUGUUAUAAAAGCCAAGGAUCAAAUAAGACUUUAAGGGUGUUAUUAGGUCUGAUCUCUUUAGCACAAUCCUGUGAGUAUUUUCUUAAAAGUAUCUCUGUAUGAGGCAGAAACUGAUGACUAAUGCAAAGAGACGACCCCACGACACCGGAGAAUAUAAAGUAAGUUUAAAAUCUUUACAUUCUAAGAUCCAUGUGUGGGGCUUAGAGUGGGCAGAGCAGCAGAGCCCUCACCUGGCGUGCACAAGGCCCUUGAUUACAUCCUAGGGCCUCAAAAACAACCCAGUAGCCAAGCAUCUUUAAAACUAACUGCCAAGGAAGAAGAGUAGAAGAAGAGCAGGUUUGCUGCUAUGGGGCUUAGCCGCUCACAGCCAUCCCUGUGUGUUCUGAAGCAGGUGCAAAACCGGUGUGUGGCCACAAGGCUCUCCAAUCUUCAGAACUACUGAGUGUGUUUUUAACUGGCCACAGCAUUUACAAACAGGACUCCAUUAAAAAAAAAAUCAAAAAACAACAACAAAAAAACAAAAAAACAAACCAAGAAGCAAUUAAGUAGCUGAGCCAAAAAUGAGAUGCCAGUCUGCAUGACCUCUAAGUUUAUGAUUGCUCUCUUAAUAAAUAAAUUUAAUAAAGCAGGAAAAGUGCAACUUAUACUUGCAGAUAAGUAAGGCAUUACAUCAUGCCACUGUGAUCCUGACUACGCUAGCAGCCCCUAUGCUGUGAUUCUACUACAUUUGAAGGACAAACGUCAAGUCUGGCCUGCUGGUUCCUGCCUGUAACCCCAGCACUCUGGAAGCUGAGGUAGGUACAUUGAGAGUUCAAAGUCAGUCAUGGCUAUGUAUUGAAAACCUGUCUGAAGAUGAUCGUGUGGUGGUGGUGGUGGUGGUGGUG